AUGAAUGAAAAAUGAUGAAUUAAAUUUGUAAAAACUUGAGGUCGCGUCAAAAUAAAAUAAACUAAUUAAACUAUCGAACAUUUGAACAGUUUGACUCCAAUUUAUAGGAAAAAGAAUUUUACUUUGAAAAAUAUUGCAAACAAUAUAUUGCAACAUUGAAUAAAACAAACAUAUAACUGAUCAAUGAUUUGUAAUACUUGACUUAUCAGAAUUUUUUAUUUUCUUACUGUAAUGAACUCGAUGACCUGUAGUGUAUCAAAAUAUUGAUAUGAUUCAUGAAAAGCAAGCUAACGUCCUGUUAACUCAAAAAUACAAUUUUAUUGAACGAAAACAUUUCUCUUUAGUUAAAUCAAUCGUUCCUAAUGCAUAUCUUCUUCAAUAGUGGAUGAAGUGGAUGAAGUGGAUGAAGAGAGUGUUGUGUAUUUUAACAAUAAUAUAAAACUUCUUUUCAUUUUUACAAGAUAUUUCUAGUUAAUUAUGUGUAUGUUAGGACUGUUCAAAUUAGACCAGAAAUAUUUCUUAUCGGCUAAAUUAAUCAAUUUUGUAAAACAUAAUAUUAUACGUGAUACCAGUACUAUAAAAGGAAAAGUUAUAGCAAUAAGAAGAGAAGAUCAAUCAGUAUGGGAAAGACGAGCACCAUUGGCACCAUCAAAUGUACGGCGAUUAGUCCGAGCAGGUGUAAAAGUGAUAGUCCAACCUAGCAAUAGAAGAGCAUAUCCAGUGCAAACUUAUCAAGCAGCAGGUGCCUUAGUACAAGAAGAUAUCAGUUCAGCAUCCGUCAUUUUUGGUGUCAAACAAGUACCGGUUGAUCAUUUGAUACCUAAUAAAACUUAUUGCUUCUUUUCGCAUACAAUAAAAGCGCAAGAAAACAAUAUGCCAUUGUUGGAUGCAAUUUUGGAAAAAAAUAUACGCCUAUUGGAUUAUGAAAAAUUAACUGAUCACAACGGACAAAGGGUAGUAGCAUUUGGUAAAUAUGCUGGGGUUGCUGGUAUGGUCAACAUAUUGCACGGAUUAGGACUUAGGCUACUUGCGUUAGGUCACCAUACACCAUUUAUGCAUAUUGGACCAGCACACAAUUAUAGGGAUUCAGCAAUGGCAAGACAAUCUAUAAGAGAUGCUGGAUACGAAAUUGCAUUGGGUGCAAUGCCGAAAUCAAUCGGACCUUUGACUUUUGUUUUUACGGGUAGUGGUAAUGUUAGUCAAGGUGGACAAGAAGUAUUUCAAGAACUUCCUCAUGAAUUUGUACCACCGGAAAUGCUUAGAAAAGUUGCAGAACAUGGAGAUACCACGAAAAUAUAUGCCUGUGAAGUUAGACGAAGGCAUCAUUUAGAAAGAAAAGAAGGUGGUGGUUUUGAUUCGGAUGAAUACGUAAAACAUCCCGAAAGAUAUAUAUCUACAUUUAGUAAAAAAAUAGCACCUUAUACUUCGGUUAUAAUAAAUGGUAUUUAUUGGGCAGUUGAUUCGCCAAAAUUAUUGACCAUACCUGAUGCUAAAUAUUUGUUAAGACCUGCUAAUACACCUUGGUUACCUAUCAGUGUUGGUGCACCAGCUUUGCCUCAUCGAAUGUUAGCUAUUUGUGAUAUAUCAGCUGAUCCCGGUGGCAGUAUUGAAUUCAUGAACGAGUGUACAACGAUAGAUACACCGUUUUGUCUUUAUGAUGCUGAUCGUAAUAAAGAUACGAAAUCGUUCAAAGGUCCAGGAGUUUUAGUAUGUUCGAUCGACAAUAUGCCAACGCAACUUCCCAAAGAAUCAACAGACUUUUUUGGUAAUCUUUUAUAUCCAUACGCAUUAGAAAUCAUCAUGUCGGACGCUAAGAAACCAUUAGAGGAACAUAAUUUCAGUCCAGUAGUCAAUGACGCUAUUAUCGCUUCUAAUGGAAAAUUAACACCAAAUUUCGAAUAUAUUCAAGAACUCCGAUUAUUGAAUAAUCGAAGUAAACAUAAAGCCGAUAAUGGAGAUAAACAGAAUAAAACGGUUGUCAUAUUAGGUGCUGGACAUGUUUCAGCACCAGUCGUUGAAUAUCUCCACAGGGAUAGCAGUAUUAAAUUGGUGGUAGUAUCCCAAUUAAAAGAUGAAGUUGAUCUUUUAGCUAAUAGAUUUCCCGGUGUUGAACCCAUAUUUUUAAACGUGCUUGACAAACCAGACACUUUGGAAGAUGUUAUUGGAUCGGCAGACGUUGUUGUAUCAUUAUUACCCUAUUCGUUGCAUCAUGUUAUUGCUAAGGCUUGCAUCGAGACUAAAACACAUUUGGUCACUGCUAGUUACUUGAAUGAUAAUGUUAAAUGUCUUCACGAUGAGGCCGUUGCAGCAGGAGUUACUAUUUUAAACGAAAUAGGUCUGGAUCCUGGUAUAGAUCAUUUAUUAGCAUUGGAAUGUUUCGAUGAUGUAAGACAAGCCGGUGGAAAAAUAGAAUCAUUUGUUUCAUGGUGCGGAGGUUUACCUGCACCUGAAUGCUCUUGUAAUCCUUUACGAUACAAAUUUAGUUGGUCACCUAGAGGUGCUUUGUUAAACACCUUGGCACCAGCUAAAUAUCAUCGAGAUGGUCAGGAAGUAGAAAUAUCAGGUGGUGGUGAUCUAAUGUCAGCUGUACAACCUUUAGAUUUUCUUCCUGGAUUUGCAUUGGAAGGAUUCCCUAAUCGAGACAGUACCAUAUAUCGAGAACUUUAUGGAAUUCAAAAUGCUAGUACUGUAUUACGUGGAACUCUAAGAUUCAAGGGAUUUUCUGAUACCAUACAGGCAUUGCAAUAUCUUGGACUUAUCGAUCCAAAUCCUCAUCCCAUUCUUCAUCCAAAUGGGCCAGAUAUUACAUGGAGAGUAUUGAUAUGCAAUUUACUUGGAUUGGCAAACGACAAGAUAUUUUUUGAGAAUCUCAAACGAAAAAUAGCUGAACGAGUGAAUUCGGAGGAACGUGUACAAGCUAUCGAAGAUUUAGGAUUAUUAGAAGAAAAUGUAGUUUUCAAAUUGAAUACGCCAUUGGACACAUUAACACAUUAUCUUUCGAAGAAACUUUUUUAUGAGAAAAACGAACGUGAUCUCGUUAUACUAAGACACGAUAUUGGUAUAUUGUGGCCUGACAAUAGAAGAGAAACUAAAGGAAUUAAUUUGGUAUUGUAUGGGGAUGCAACUACGGGACAUUCUGCCAUGGCUCGUACGGUUGGAUAUCCUGCUGCCAUUGCUGUUAAAAUGAUUCUAGAUGGUGAAAUUCAACAAAGAGGUAUGGUAUUACCAUUCACACCUGACAUUUAUCGACCCAUACUUCAACGUCUUAGAGCAGAAGGUGUCGAAUCUUUUGAAACUUCCAAAUGGUUGUAAACAAAAUAUUUCUUUGACAAAAUUAAUGACAAUAAAAUAUUAACAAGAAAAAGAACAAUAAAAGAGAGAAAUAUGAAAUAUCCAAAAAGACAUAAUAAUUGGGGAGUUAUUUUUAUAUAACGCCAAAGUACCUUUGAUUUAUUUUCACUUGGAGCAUUGUUUAAUCAUUGACAAAAAGUGGAAUUAUUUCUGUUUUUAAUUACAAACGAAUUGCUCUUUAUCUCUCUGGCAGCUAAAAAUCUUACAAUUAAUGACUUAGCAAUUGUUUUGUUUUUUUUCUUCUUCUUCUCUUACAACAUUACAACAUAUAUCUCAUAUCGGAGAUUACGUAUUAUAAAUACAUUUAAUUCGAGGGUGUUUAAUAUGUGUCUAUGUGUAUGUUUCUCUGUGUGUGUGUGUGUGCGUUUGUGUGUGUACGUGUGUGCUUUUAUCUAUCUAACCAACGAACAUUUCUAUUGAAUCCUAUAGUCAAACUUUUGUACGCGUAACAACAAUGAUUUUAUCAGACAAUGAUAUUUUUCUAAUGUAAUACAAUGUUAUGUUUAUGUAUUUAAUUAUAUUCGAUAAUUAUAUUGUUAGAUGCUAUAACAAACGCGGAUGAUAAAAUAUAGAACAAAGAAGAAUUUUGAAACAGUAUAAAACAACAAAAGAUAGACAAAUUUCUUUCCAACAAACGCAACGCAACGCAACGCAACACAGUGUUUUCAUUUUAUCUACAAAAUAUUUUCUUCACAACUCUCUCUAUCUCUCACUUUUGUCCAUUCAU